AUAGGAUCUUGAGCAAUCUGAUUUCCUAGAUUUCCAGAGGAAGGGGUCCCGACCGGAGUUUGGGGCGAGUGCGGCCGGGUGUGGCUGCUCUGUGCCGGGAGGUGAACAGUCAGUGACAGGCGGGCUGGAACCCACAAUGUCUCCGCUCUAGGAGGAUGGCAUGGACGCAGGAGGGGCCUGCCUUGGGAGUCCCCCACCUCGCCUGGACACCGACCGGCGGAAGACUCCAGAGAGAGCCCUGUAUCCGGGGAGCGGGACCGGACUUACCGGGGAUGGCCAGGGUCUCCCCGGCUGUGGACUGAAGGCCGCCCAGGACCGGGACAUUUCUUGUGAGACUCCGGAGGCCCGGAAGGGACAGAAUGGCCACUUGUUGGGCUCGGACACUGACCACUGGUCUCGGAGAACGGACGGGCCGGGGGGUUCCCUGUCCCAGGGGCCAGAGGAGGCUGAUGACCCAUUGCCCAUCAUGGACUGGGAAGCCCUGGAGAACCACAUCGCUGGCCUGCAGCUGAAGGAGACGGAGAGGAGGGCACGAGAUGGGGGCAGAGUCCCACCUGUGGAACCCCCUCCCUCGCCCACGGGCAGGCGCCGGUCGGGCGGGGCGCGGCGCCUCGUCUCCUGGCUCCGUGCCGACAGCACUGCCUGGAAGGCCAUGGGGACCAGCAUCGGCUGUGAGUCCAGAUUCCACAGUCGGAUGAACCUACAGCUGUGCUUCAUCAAUGACAGCAGCAGCGAGAGUGAUGCUGAGGAAAGCAAUGAAGUGUCAGCAGAAGACCCCACACCCCAGCUGGCAGGAGGAGAGGCGUCCGAGGCCGAACGAGCUCUGGCCGCUCGCAGGAAGGAGCUGGAGCGAGAGGCCAAACGGAGCCUCGCCCUGGUCAAGAGGCAGCUCGACCAGGAGAAGCAGCGCCAGCGAGAGAUCACAGCCUCGUCCAAUGGUGCUCUGGGGAGAGGACAAACCCUGGACCCCAGCGACCUGUGGGACAUGUCCGUGCUACAGCUGCAGGAGCUGCAAACGAGCGUCUUCUCCCAGAUUCACCGCCUGAACACCCAGCUGAUGGAACUUCUGGAAGUCCGGGAUGACCUGAAGACGGAGCAGGAUGCCAUGUUGGUGGAAAUAGGGGACUUGACGCAUUGAAUCCAAAUCUGGAUUCUGUGUGACUGCACCCGUGGGGAACUUGGAGAGUUCAAUGAUGGACGCUUUUAAUUGCGGCGAAUUUUGUCCUGGGAUUGGGAACCUCCAGCUCGGACUCCCGACACCGGAUGAGGUGGGCGCUACUUCACAGGACGCGUGGCUGAACGGGUUCCAGGAACACCCUCUUCCCCCUUCCCCUCUGCAAAGCCUGGAGCCUGCAUAAAGACAGAAACAGACCAUUCGGCCUCCUUGAGGUUGUACUAGCCCCCACCUUGCUGGCUGCAGAUCUUAACUUGACCCGGCUCCGGUAAUUUGGGAAGGUGCUGAGGUCGGAGCCUGUCAGGCAGAGCGGGAACAGGGGCCGCAGGGUGAAGAAGUGAGUUGUACUGCGAGUCAGUCUGGAUGCUGGAUGCUGGACGCUGACUGUUCAUUUCCCUCCACGGAUGUUGCCUGACCCGCUGAGUUCCUCCAGCGCCUUUUGUGUGUAGCUCCAGAUUCUGCGGUCUCCUGUGUCCCUCUCUCUCUCUGUGUCUGAUUCCUGGCCUGGCUCAGACUACCCCUUCUACCACAGCAGUCAAGCCUGGGGAUUGUCCCAGGAAUAGGGGAUCUGCUUUGGAAUGUGCACAAGAAUCCAAGAAAGUGGGGAAACGGCGACAGGGUCGGAGGAAGGGGGGCAGUGGGAUCUGCAGAAAUCCGUACGGAUGCCCACUCCCAGCCCUCUCGAGAGAAUCCCAUGGGAUGCCACAUCCGGAACACCGCAUGGACAAUGGACUGGGAGCGUGAGUGUGAUGUAGGUGUGUCCAGGACCAUCCGCCUGUGUUUUGUUCAGACUGUGAUGUUUAAACUGAAAUGUAUAUUUUUUUUAAGUUACUGGUUCCUUCAUGUUAACCCAGCCGCUGAGGUAAAGAAACAUUAUUCAGUGCAAAAAUAAAGUUUUACGCCAC